UUGUGGCUGGCGAAGGAGGCUGUGCUUCCGGGCAGGAGCGAGGUGACCCCGGCUGCUGCAGGGACCUUCGGGGACAGCAGCGAUGGGGGCUCACCUGGCCCGGCGCUACGUGGGCGAUGCCUCGACUGAGCCCGACCCCCUGCGGAUGCCCACCUUCCCGCCCGACUACGGCUUCCCCGAGCGCAAGGAGCGAGACAUGGUGGCCACGCAGCAGCAGAUGAACGACGCGCAGCUGGUGGUGAAUCAGCGCGACUACUGCGCCCACUACCUCAUCCGGCUGCUCAAGUGCAAGCGAGACAGCUUCCCCAACUUCCUAGCCUGCAAGCACGAGCGGCACGACUGGGACUACUGCGAGCACCUCGACUACGUGAAACGCAUGAAGGAGUACGAGCGGGAGCGGCGGCUGCUCCAGCGGAAGAAGCGGCGGGAGCAGAAGGAAGCCCAGCUGGCCAGGGGAGAGGGGGACGUGACCCCCGAGGCAGCGCUCUAGGGUGCCACCCAUCACCCUGCGGACCAGUCAGACAAAUAAAAAGGCUCCAGACCCUCCUCCGA